UUUCGACGCAAGGAGCUGCUUUCACUUCCCGAAUUUUCCCGAUUAGCCCGAAAAGGCAGGGAGGCGCCGCGAGUGCAGCGGAGCACCGUUGUCUCCAGCUCGGCUGCGCGGUUCCCCAGAAGGAAGAUGCGGCUCUUACUGGAAGUUGUUCCCGCUACCCGGAGGAACUCUUGGCUGUUUCCCAUCCUCCCUGUCAUUUGGGGCUUCGUGAUUGCUUCCUCGUUUGUUAACGCUGGACCAACAUACCUGUUGGCAGUUCCUAAAAUGAUCCAGCCUGGAGCAAAUCUAACUAUCGGAGUUUGGCUCUUAAAGGAAAACCCUUCAAGCAUUAGAAUACAAGCGCAAGUACUCUUGGCAAAUAAAUCCAUAUUACAAGGAGAAGCAGUCUUUCAAAGAGAUUCCUUUGGGACACUAGUCCUUCCAUCUCUCCCAUUGGGCAGUACUGAUGCCAAUUAUGAGUUAUUAGUGAAUGGAUAUUCAAAAGGACAACUGCUGUUUUCUAAUCGAACGUCACUGUCAUUUGCAAGUAAAAGUUUUUCAGUCUUCAUCCAGACUGACAAGACAAUGUAUAAACCAGGACAAGAUGUGAAAAUACGGGUUGUUACUCUGCAUUCUGACCUCAAACCAUACAGUACCCCUGUAAAUAUAUACAUUCGGGAUCCUCAGCGAAAUUUGAUUCAGCAAUGGUUGACACAGAACGGAAAACUGGGCAAGAUCGUUAAGCAGUUCAAAUUAUCCAAAUAUCCUCCCUUGGGUGAUUGGUCUAUAGAAGUUCAAGUAAAUGAUCAAACCUAUUAUCAAUCAUUUGCUGUAGAGGAAUAUGUGUUACCAAAGUUUGAAGUCUCUUUAAUAACACCUAUGUAUUAUUCUAUGCAAAGUAGGUUGAAUGGCACUAUUACAGCAAAGUACGUAUAUGGAAAAUCAAUGAAAGGAAAGGUCACUAUUGAUUUCUUCUCAUUGUUCCAAACACAAAACAAAAAGAUAACUAAAAUAAUGGAGAUUAAUGGUUCUUUGAACUUUACACUGGAGAACUCAGAGAUAAAAGAUAUAAUUGUCAGAGAUGAGGAUAUAUUGCACUCAGCAUCUAUAGAAAUUACAGCUGUUGUUACAGAAUCUCUUACAGGAAUCUCCCAAAAUGCAAGUGCUACAGUAUUUCCACAGCCGUAUGAUUAUGCAUUAGAUUUUCUUGAGUAUUCAAGAUUCUUGAAGCCUUCUCUGAACUUCAUUGCUAUGUUGAAAGUAAGAAGAAAUGAUGAUCAUCCACUAACGUCUGAUGAAAAAAAGAAUAAUGUCACAAUCACGGUCACACAGUCCAAAAUUUCUUAUCAGAUAUUUGAGGAUGAUAAUGAAUCGCUGCAAAAGAACACAGUUUAUGAGCUAAGUUAUCCUGUUCCAGGGGAUGGGGUUAUUCAGAUGGAGCUUCCAGUUUCAGCUAAUACAACAGUUUUGCAUAUUAAGGCUGAAUUUCUGGAAAGUCAAGCUUCCAUAAAGAUAAGUGAUGUGUUCUACUCACCCAGUUUGACUUAUCUCCAGAUUAGAAAAACAAGCAAGGAUUUUAAAGUUGGGACACCUUUGGAACUCAGUGUUGAAAGCAGCAUGCCGUUGAAUGAGAUCAAUUAUAUGGUGAUGUCCAGAGGUCAGAUUGUGGAUGCAGGGAAAAAGAAGACCACAACAUUAAGUUUAACCCCAGAAAAUUCUUGGUAUCCUAUGGCUUGCAUAAUUGUCUUCUAUGUGCAUGAUAAUGGGGAAAUAAUAAAUGAUUUUCUACAUAUUCCUGUUCAGUGGACUUUUAAAAAUCAGAUUAAUAUGCAUUGGAGUAAAAAUAAAGCUGGGCCUGCUGAGAAUAUCACCCUCAAAAUCAAAGUGACAGAACCCCAAACCUCAGUUGGACUUUUAGUUAUUGACAAAAGUGUAAAUUUGUUGGGAAAAAGCAAUGAUAUCACAGAGGAUGCCAUACACCAUGAGCUAAGUUUAUAUGAUACAAAACCACAUUAUGGGGAAACUGGAAGUGCUGUCAGCGUCUUUCAGAACAACAAUCUCUGGAUAUUGACUGAUGCCAACCUUUCAGAACAUGAGGACUUUGAUUUACCAUUUUAUUAUUUCGAUUAUGAGCUGGCUAUCCUCCCUAUAUCCCAUGAAAAUAACCCAGCACUGCAUGAUGGUGAUGUCCAUGUGAGGAAGAAUUUUCCAGAGACUUGGCUUUGGCAGGAAAUAAUGACAAGGUCUACUGAAGCAACAAUAAAUGUUACUGUUCCUGAUACCAUUACAUCCUGGGUAGCCAGUGCAUUUAUAAUAUCUGAAAAUCUUGGAUUGGGUGUGAUUAAAAUACCCGUUGAGUUAGAAGUCUUCCAGCCUUUUUUUGUUUCCUUAAACCUUCCUCCUAGUGUCAUAAGAGGAGAACAAUUUAUAUUGGAAGUAAACAUCUUCAAUUAUUUGAAAAAAAGCACUGAGGUGACAGUAACCCUUGAUAUGAGUGAUAGUUUUGAAAUUUUUAUUAUCUCUAAUGCUAUAAAUGCCAUUGGAAACCAACAUUCUAUUUGGAUACCAAGUGAAGAUGGGAAGACUAUCUUCUUUCCGAUUAUGCCAAAGCAGAUUGGAGAAAUUCCCAUCAGAGUGACAGCAGUAUCACCCAUUGCUUCUGACGCUAUUCUCCAGAGACUAUUAGUGAAGGCUGAAGGAUUAGAACAAACUUACUCAGAGACAGUUCUUUUGGACUUAUCCAAAAGAACUAAUCUUACAGAAAUUUUGAAUUUCAAUUUCCCCUCUGAUGUAGUUCCUGGCAGUGAAAGAGUGCAAGUUACAGUUACUGGUGACCAGCUUAGUUCCUCUAUCACUGGUUUGGAAUCACUAGUCAAGAUGCCUUAUGGUUGUGGGGAACAAAACAUGAUUAACUUUGCACCUAAUAUUUAUAUUUUGGAUUAUUUGAGUAAAACGGGCAAGCUCCAAACCCUAUUUAAAUCAAAAGUCGUGUCAUAUAUGAGAGAAGGUUAUCAAAGAGAGCUUCUCUAUAAAAGAUUUGAUGGCUCUUUCAGUGCCUUUGGAAACAGUGAUCCCUCUGGGAGUACAUGGUUAUCAGCUUUUGUAUUAAGGAGUUUCAUUCAAGCACAACCAUACAUUGAUAUUGAUCCAUAUAUCCUGGAGAGAACAGCUGCUUGGAUCCUUGGUCAUCAGAAAUUCAAUGGAGAAUUUAAGGAACCUGGAAGAGUUCUACAUACUGAGCUUCAAGGAGGCACUAGCGAUUCUGUUUCGCGUACAGCUUAUAUCUUGACUGCUCUAUUAGAGUAUCAGUUCAAUGAGAAUGAUAAAUCUAUUAAAAAAGCACUGGGCUUUCUUGAAUUUCAUUUAAAUAACAUCGUAUCGGAUAAUCACACGCUGGCUCUUCUGACUUACGCUUUAUCACUUGCCAAAAGUACAGCAGCAAAGGGAGCUCUGGACAGACUGAACGAGAGGUCAGAACGACAAGGAGAACUAAGGUUCUGGGCAUCACCAUCUUCUGGACUCUCCAAUUCCUGGCAGCCACGUUCUGCAGAUAUUGAAGUUGCAGGUUAUGCCCUCUUGUCUCAUUUUAUUCAACAAAGACUGUUAGAGGGGAUUCCAAUUAUGAAAUGGCUAAGCAAGCAAAGAAAUCACCUGGGAGGUUAUUCUUCUACACAGGACACUAUAGUGGCUCUGCAGGCCUUGAGUACCUUUGCGACACUCACAGCUGAUUCUGUGACAGAAAUAGAUGUGACAGUGAAUACAUCCAUGGAAGAAAACCCAACUGUUUUCCAAAUUGAUCAUGAAAACCGCUUUGUUCUCAAGACCAAAGAGUUUCCAGCCACACAGCCUGUUACACUUACAAUUUCUGCAAGUGGCCGUGGUUUUGCUAUUUUUCAGCUCAAUGUUAUGUACAAUAUAAUACAUUCACAUACCAGCAAAAGACGUAGAUCUGCACAAAAUCAAGAAGCUUUUGACUUAGAUGUCUAUGUAAAGGAUGACAAAGAAGACAUAAACAGCUUAACUUUAAAUGUGUGUACCAGAUAUCUGGGCACUGGCUCAUCUUCAAGAACUGGCAUGGCUCUCAUGGAGAUUGGAUUACUGAGUGGCUUCUCUUUGUCACCCAAUUUUGUGUCAUUAGAUGACCCAGUGAAAAAAGUGGAAAAAGAUGAAGGCAAAAUCCAUUUAUAUCUGGACUCUUUAAACGAAACACAGGUUUGUGUGGCUAUUCCAGCUGUGAGAGACUUCAAAGUGGCAAAUACCCAGGAUGCUUCAGUGACCGUGAUGGAUUAUUAUGAACCCAGGAGAAGAACAGUGAAAAGCUACAACUCCCCGGUGAUGCAGAGUUUGUCAUCUUGUACUUUCUGUGAAGAUGAUGAAUGUAAUUUUUGUAAAACAGAUGGCUGUUUAUCAGUUUCUCUCUCUUUUGAAUUGUUAGUACUACUAGUGCUAUCAAUUUGCUAUGUAGUUGCCUGAUUUAAUAACUGGGUGACUGACAUUUAUUGCACUGCUGAGAAUACCAUUGAUUGUAUUUUCCUGCACAAGGAGAGUCUGGAUCCAGUAAAAAUUGACUUAUGGGUCUAAACUCUGAGCAAGAAUUUGCUCAAAUUAAAUAAGAGUAAGUUGCUCAGAAUGGAUAACUUCACAUUUGUACCAUUUUUGUUUUCAUUGGCAUCUU